AUGUUCUGCGAGAAAGCCAUCGAGCUCAUCCGGGAGCUUCACAGCGCCCCCGACGGGCAGCUCCCAGCCUUCAACGAUGACGGAAUCAGGCAAGUUCUGGAGGAGAUGAAAGCUUUGCAUGAACAGAACCAGUCUGAUGUAAAUGAGACGAAGUCAGAUGGACGAAGUUACUUAAUUCCAACAAUCAAAUGUCGACAUAGUUCUUUGCUGAGAAAUCGACGUUGCAUAGUUGCAUAUUUGUAUGAUCGAUUGCUUCGGAUUACAGCUGUCAGGUGGGAAUAUGGCAGUGUCUUGCCAAAUGCUCUGAGAUUUCACAUGUCAGCUGAAGAAAUAGAAUGGUUCAAUUGCUAUAAAAAGUCCCUUGCUACAUACAUGAGAUGUUUGGGUGGAGAUGAAGGAUUAGAUAUUAGGCAAGAUAUGAAACCCCCUAAAAGUCUGUACAUUGAGGUGCAGUGUCUAAAAGACUUUGGAGAGUUUGAAGUUGAUGAUGGGACUUCAGUUUUAUUGAAAAAAAAACAGCCAGCAUUUCUUGCCUAGAUGGAAGUGUGAACAAUUAAUCAGACAAGGAGUCCUAGAACAUGUUCUGUC